GCAGCCGCUCUGAGCCCGGCGGGUUCCGCGCGCGGCGCGGUGAUGGCGAGUGGCGGCGCGCUGGGCCCUGCGCCUGAUCCGCCCGGCGUGGCGGUGGGCUGCUCGUGGCCCUGCGUGCCGCCCGACGGCCUGGCCCGAGCGCUGUGCCUGCGGCGCGGGGCGGGCCGCGAUGAGGCGAGCGGCGAGGCCGUGGCGGUGGAGCGGCGGGCGGGCGGCGGCGACGCGCCGUGCGUGCUGCAGCUGGAGUGCCGGCCGGGCGCCGAGCGGGUGGCGGCCGUCGGCGUGGUGAGCGAGGCCCGGCACAUGGAGGUGUACGUGGGCGAGGAGUACUGCGGCACCGGGCGCGGGGUGAGCGCGGGCGUCCUGCAGCCCCCGGGUCAAACUGAAACUGUGACUUUAUACGAAAAGUACCUGAAAUUGGAAUGCCCGGCGACCUCCUGUAGGAUUAAGCUGCUCUCCAUUGGUGAGAAACAAAGGGUACUCAUCAGUAAAAUAAUUGUACAAGUGAAUACAGUUUCAGCAAAACUAGCAACUGAUUUUCCUUCACUAGGAUCAAGCAUAGAUCUAGACAGAGUGCAAACUAUAAUGGAAUCUAUGGGAUCUAAGUUGUCUCCAGGUGCUCAGCAACUCAUGGACAUGGUCCGAUAUCAGCAGAAAAACAGUUUACCUCUUGGAGACAGACUUAGCUGGAUGCUUGGGAAGAACUCAGACUUUGGAAACGAGCAUCCAGUAGAUGGAUUACAUGGUGCAGGCAUUCAGACAUCACUACAUCAAUCAGUCAGUGAAUCUCCGUCUGUCAGAAAUCCCUUAACAAGUGAAACAGGAUGUGAAAACUUAAAUCUUGAUCUGGAAGCACAGGUUCCUGACAGAGAGGAUGCUUCUAACUCUAUAGAACUUAAUACACAGCAGAAUACAGUUGACCUCAGAAAUGAUUUUAAAGCUAUGGGGUCUUUGCUUAUGCAGGAGCAAACAGACAGAAUCCGGAACAUUGCUGCUCCACAGAUGCUUCUUCCUUUUCUUCAGAACUUAUGUAGUCAAGUUAAUCAUCUUCGGCUAAAAGAUGGUGAGAGGCAUCUUGAUAAAAACGUGGUGACUAAAGAAGAAGGCAUUCAAACUGUUGGAAUAGAACAACAGCCUAUUUGCUCCUAUCUGGAGAAGAUCAUCUCCAAAAAUAUGGAUCUGAUGGAGAAAAAACUAACGGACUACAUCGAUCGCCAAAUCCAGGCUCUGCAGGCACACAUAGAUGAUAAAAUGGUUCUGUUAGCAGACUUGGUUCAGAACUCAAAGCAAAACAAGAUUUCACAAGCACACUAUGAUUCUAACGAGGGAUUCUCUAAUGGAGAGAGAUGAAGAUAUGGAACUCCAGUGCAAGUGUUUUUAAGGGCAGUUACGCUUUAUAAAGCUUCAUAUUUAUGGAGUUAUAACCACAAAGAACCUCAGUGUUGAUGACUUGCAUUUUGUUACUGUAAUUCUCCACUAUUGUACACAGUUAGUUUUAUGAAAGGUUGUAAGAAUGCAUGGUUUUCCUAAAUAAGAAUUUUGUAUGCCUUUUGUGGCUUAUUUAUUGAAGGAGCUUGGCUAAAAGCCAUGUAAAACAUGGUUUCCCAGUUUCUGUUUGAAAAAACGAAGUACACUAAAUAAACUGAGUUACAGCAUA